ACCCCACGUUUCUCUCUAGCCCCCACCCUCACCGCUGCCUGCCCAAAGUGCGACUCGUUUUGAAAACAGCACAUACCAGUAUGCUCAGUUGUUCACCUCACUCUUCUUCUUUACGUGAUAGUGUUUGGCAUAUUGCUUCCACCGUUUGCUUGAAAAAUAUACCGACUGUCGUCAAGUUCCCACGGCAGUAUGGGUCAGUGCACGAGGAGAUCUGAUGACAGCUUAAAAAGAACUAAGCUAUAUGUAUGAGGGUUGAAGACUAGCAGUAGCCUCUUGAUUCAGGUGGAUGUGUUUCACCCAUUUGAGCUGAAAGGAUUUCAUUCAAGAAAAGCUAGCAACUUUUUUCACUCUCUCCUUGUGGUUGAAGUAUUCAAUGCUCUUGUGGUAUUUCCUAAUUGAGAUAUUCUCUGUGGGGGUAUGUUUGUUUUCGCCUGAGCAUCUGAUACUUAUCAAUUUUGGGUUUAAAGUUGGUUGAUUGGUUUUCGGCUAGUAAUUAAUUACCGUAUAUGCUAAGUGGUGCAGUUAUAGCUAUUUUGGCGAUUUUGGGAAGGCAAAUAUUUGAUUAUUUGGGGGUUUCUCUUUAUUUGGUGAAGCUGGUAGUUCAUUGAUUUGAUAUUAGAGAGGAAAUCAUGGAAAGUUUAUCAUUGGUUAUCGAUUGCUGAUUUUCCUGGUUCCUAAGGUUGUUCAAGAGAAUUACCACUUUUGGAUCAAUUCAUGUGCUGAUCAUGACCAAACCUGCCCGUAACCGCAUCAUACUCAAAGAUGUAAAUGAUAACAUCAGUGACCAUCUUCGAAAUCACAUGCAUUUGACAAACUGCAUUCAUCUAAAGAACCACCACAUGCGUAGUAAGCAGAGUCCCAUUUUGGUUGCUGCCAAUAGGUCCCUCAUGAGAGACCUUGCUGUCCUUCAGAGAUCAACAAGGUCCCUCAGGGAUCCUUCUACAAGCCCGCUCCAAGUCCGUUUCGGAACGUCAGCGGAUGAGAACAGGCUUCAAGAUGAAUUUAAAGAUUUCAUCCAUGGAAAUGGUUCUGGAAACUCAACACAUAGGAGUAUAAAUGUCAAAAACAGGAGAAGACGUAGAAAAUCUGAUACAACAUUGGAUGGGAGUGAGUUGUCUGUGGCUUCAAAUUCUUUUGGCCAAUGUCAAAACCAGGAUGUCUCCAAGAAUAGAUGUGGCAUUCCCUGGAACUGGUCAAGAAUUCACCGUAGUGGAAAAUCCUUUCUUGAUCUGGCAGGCAAAAACUUGUACUGUGGGUUUUCCGAGUCAACAAGGUCAAGAAUCCAUGACGAUUUUUCUGGAGAGUUGGGUAUUUUUGCAGGCAAUAAUCUGCUAAACAACGAUACUGACUCCGUACUUGUUUCCGAAGCAAGGUUUUGCGGUAGAUGCUGUUCUCUAGGUCAUAAUGGUAACAGUUUGAGGCACUGGAGUCUCACUAAUAAAUACAUGCCUAUGACCUUCCGGGGUUUGGUUGGACAAAAUUUGGUUGUAAAAGCUCUUUCCAAUGCCGUCCACAAGAGGAAGGUCGGGUCACUUUAUGCGUUCUAUGGGCCAAGCGGUACGGGAAAGACUUGCUGUGCACAGAUAUUUUCCCGGGCUUUAAAUUGCAAAUCUUGUGACCAUCAUUCCAAGCCUUGUGGAGCUUGCAGUUCUUGCAUCAACAAUCUAAAUGUAAGAGAAAUAGGGCCAGUGAGUAAUGUCGACUUUGAGGAUAUUAUGGACCUUCUUGAAAUGAUGAGUGUUUCUCAGUACAGAGUAUUUAUCUUUGAUGGUUGUGAUAAUUUAGCCACUCGCUCAUGGAAUGCUAUUCUGAAGUUUAUAGAUCGUGCACCUAGGAAAGUUGUUUUCGUUCUUAUUUGUUCAAGACUCGAUGCUUUGCCUCAUAUGAUCAUAUCCAGGUGUCAAAAGUUCUUUUUCCCAAAGUUGAGAGAUGUGGAUAUGAUCCGUACAUUGCGACGUAUUGCUGCUCAAGAGGAAGUGGAGAUUGACGAGGAUGCGUUGAAGCUUGUUGCAACAAGAGCAUAUGGAUCUCUCAGGGAUGGGGAGAUGACUCUUGAGCAGUUGAGUUUGCUUGGGCAGAGAGUUACUGUUUCUUUGGUUCAAGAACUAGUCGGGCUAAUUUCUGAUGAGAAAUUGGUAGAUCUACUUGACCUGGCAUUAUCAGCAGACACGGUCAACACUGUGAGAAAUCUACGGGGGAUAAUCGAAGCCGGGGUUGAGCCCUUGGCCUUAAUGUCUCAACUAGCUACUGUUAUAACUGACAUUCUUGCUGGUAGCUAUGACUUCUCAAAAGAUAGGUCACAGAGGAGGAAGUUCUUUCGCCGCCAUGCAUUAACCAAAGACGAUAUGGAAAAAUUACGGCAGGCUCUGAAAACAUUAUCAGAAGCUGAAAAGCAGCUGAGAGUAUCAAAUGACAGAGUCACAUGGCUUACGGCAGCUUUACUUCAACUUGCGCCAGAUCAGCAAGAUCAACUUCUCAUUUCCUCUGCAGACACAAGUUUUAAUCAAAGUCCCCUUGGAUUGUUCAACUAUGGAGGAGAAACAGAGUUGUUGAAAACAGAAAACGUUCAAACAGGGAGUUCAAUGAGCAAUUACAAUGACGGUACUGAGAAGAGAGGUAUUAUUGAACGAAAACAACAUAGUAUUGCAGAUAUUUGGAUGGAUGUAAUAAAAAGGAUUAAUGUAACGAGCUUAAAGGAGUUCUUGUAUCAGGAAGGAAGGCUGGUCUUGGUUAGAUUUGGUGCAGGUUACUUAUUCCACUCGCUGCAACUCAUGAUUGACACUUACAUCAGUUGGACAUUAAAAAUGCAUUUUUGCAUGGUGACCUUAAGGAAGAAGUCUAUAUUGAGCAACCUCCGGGAUUUGUUGCUCAGGGGGAGUAUGGUAAAGUUUGUCGACUUCGCAAAUCUCUUUAUGGUCUGAAACAGAGUCCUCGUGCAUGAUUUGGGAAAUUCAGUCAAUCAAUUGAACAAUUUGGAAUGAUAAAAGGCAAAUCAGAUCACUCUGUCUUUUACAAACAAACAGAAUCAAGUGUCACAUUGCUUGUGGUGUAUGUUGAUGAUAUUGUGAUUACAGGGAGUGAUAAUGCAGAUAUUUUGGCCCUUAUGAAUUUUCUGCAUAGUCAAUUCCAGACGAAAGAUCUUGGCUCUUUGAAAUACUUUCUGGGAAUUGAGGUAACACGAAGUAAGAAAGGCAUAUUUCUAUCUCAACGUAAAUAUGUACUUGACUUACUAGCUGAGACAGGGAAAUUAGGGGCAAAACCAAGUACAACACCCAUGGUUCCCUACGUGCACCUCACUCAAGAAGGCACACCAUUUGAAGACCCAGAAAGAUAUAGAAGACUGGUUGGAAAGCUUAAUUAUCUCGCAGUCACUCGUCCAGAUAUUGCUUAUUCUGUGUGUGUAGUGAGUCAAUACAUGUCAUCUCCAACCAUUGAUCAUUGGGCUGCAGUAGAACACAUAUUGUGUUACUUAAAGGGUGCACCAGAACGAGGUAUUGUUUAUCAAAACCAUGAUCACAUGAGAAUAGAAUGUUUGCAGAUGCUGAUUGGGCCGGUUCUAAAGAUGAUCGAAGAUCUACAUCUGAUUAUUGUGUCUUUGUUGGUGAUAAUCUUGUAUCUUGGAAGAGUAAGAAGCAGAAUGUGGUUUCUCGUUCGAGUGCCGAAUCAGAAUAUCGAGCUAUGACACAAUCUGCAUGUGAGAUCAUAUGGAUAAGCCAUUUAUUGACCGAUCUCGGACUGAAGACAUCAAUGCCUGCUAAAUUGUGGUGUGAUAACCAAGCUGCUAUACACAUAGCAAACAAUCCUGUAUUUCAUGAGAGAACAAAGCAUAUUGAGGUCGAUUGUCAUUUUAUUCGAGAGAAGAUACAAAAAGGAUUGAUCUCUACAGGAUAUGUGAAGACUGGGGAACAACUUGGAGAUUUGUUCACUAAAGCACUAAAUGGAAUUCGAGUUGGUUAUUUAUGUAACAAAGUUGGGCAUGAUAAAUAUCUAUGCUUCAACUUGAGGGGGAGUGUCAAAGUAUAUUAGAAUAUACUUUAGAAUAUGCUUUAGAAUAUAUUAGGAAUAUACCAUAUAUAGUAUUAUUGUAUAGCAUCUUUUAUAGGAAUAUUCUAUCUUUGUAAUCUAUAUUUAUAGGGCCUUACCCUUCAAUGAAAUACACAUAAAAUCUUUCCUCCUCUCUUCAAUAUUAUUCUAGUUUAUAUUUCAACAAUUAUCAUUAUCGCCGUCGCCGCCGUCGCCUCCAUCGCCGCCAUCGCCGCCCUCGCCGCCCUCGCCGCCAUCGCCGCCAUCGCCGCCCUCGCCGCCCUCGCCGUUGCCGUCGCCGUCGUCAUCAUCAUCGUCAUCAUCAUUAUUAUUUCUUCCUCAAUUCACAAUGCUUACCAAAUGGCGUCUUAUCAUGACAAAUGUGGCUGAUUUUGCUGGAGUUUGGGUUGAAUUUUCUAAAUAUUUAAUUAUUUAUAAACACAUAUGAAGUAUUUAAAAAAGCUAAAAAAAUCUGAAGGAAAUGUAGAAGUAUCAAUUUCACACCUUUCAUCCCAAAGUUAACUCAUUCACUAAUUAAGGCCAUUUAGGGAGCCCAAUGGAAUAAUUUAGUGUUUGGUGAAAAAAUGUUGAUAAACUGAAAAUGAAACCUACUAAACAGUAUCUUAAUCCUGUACCAAAAGUUUCUUAUUUGGACGUCUAUCUGCAGCUCCAAAGGUACGUUUGGUUUUCCGUUCACAUGUAUUGAAAUCCAAGGCAGAGAAAUUUAGAGUACAUAUUUCACAAGCAUUUGAAUCUGUUCUUGGAUCAUCCCCUGUGAUGCUCGAGAUCAGAGAUGAAUCAAGGAAAGAUCUAAAGGCAGAAUUAACCGUCUUUCCCACAUCUCGUGGCGGUUCAUCAUCUCACAUUCAAACAAGCUUCAGUCAUCACACAAGGCUUCAAAAAGAAAGAGUAGGAGCUUUGCCUGGAGAUUUUUACUCCUCCGGAACAGCAGAAAAUGAGAUUGUAGAAUUAGAAAGUACACCCUCGAGAGUAGCCAACCAACUUGAAGUGAGACAAUCGGGGAACAUAGAACAGAAGAAUAUGAGCCUAGUGAGAGGGAAGGUGUCUCUUGCUCAAGUGCUGCAACUGGCAGAAGGAUGUGCACAGCAGCCGCAGUCCAUAUGGUCACACCGCAUGGCGGUCUCUGUUGCUGAAAAGCUCGAACAUGAAAAUCUGAGACUAGAGCCCAGAUAUAGGAGUUUGCUUUGCUGGAAGUCUGGAAGGGUAUCAUGUCCUAAGCUUAAGCGGUUGAGAACCAGAAGUAGGAGACCAAAAGCUUUACUGAAGUUGGUGUCUUGCGGGAAGUGUCUCUCUGACAGGUCUUCAAGGAAGUUGCCAUUUUUGGGUGGACAACUGGAACAAGCAGAUCAUGGUUUCGUCGACAGUACUGUUAGCAGCAUGCCUUUCUAAAAGAGUGAUACGAAGUAAUAUUAGUAGGCAGUAGGGAGUCAAUUAAUGAAAGGUUCUGAAUAGAUCGACAACAAUACCUUUUGGGUGAUGGUAUACUCCAAGAGUCCAAGUCUCCAAUACUCCAUGUCUCCAUCUAUUCAUUCAAGGGUAAAUACAAAGCUAAGGGAUGGGAUGGGCUGGUUCGGCCCGGCCCGGCCCGUUACUGUGCGGGACCGGCCCGGCUUGGCCGACCGGGACCAGGACUGGGGGCCCGAACCGGGGGUAUUGGGGGCGGGCUUUGGGCUGCUGAAAAGGUGGACCGGUCUGGGCUUUUUUUUUCAAUUUUAAGGGCUGCUAGGCUGGUAGGGCUGAGUGGUUAGGGGAGUUUGGGGAGUGGGGCGGUGGGGCUAGUAUGUUAAUCUUUAUAUGAUCAUCAAAUGCAUCAUUUGAUCAAGAUGGCGGAUGUCAUGUAAGAAAGUUGUGUGAUUGCUACGCUUAUUAUUAUUUAUGCGUAGAAGUUUAUACUAAAAAUGUCAAAAUUUAGAAAAAUCUUUAUUUUGAUAUGCUUGUUUGAAAAAACAUCAGGAAUCUUGUAGUAUUUUAAGUUUUAGUCUUUUAGGAUGCUAUCUUUAGUUUCCAUGUAUUUAAUUUUAGUAUUUAAUAAUUGCAUAUUUUGUAUUGUAACAAUACAAAGACAUAAGGUCAAAGGGAGGAGGUUUUCCUUUUUGCUUUUAAAUUA